CGUGUCACGGCUGCGUUGUGAUUUUCCGCAGGCCCGCAGGGAAUCUCCGUCACCACCGCCACCGAGCCCGAAGCCGACCCACGCCAAAAGCACUCAACUCCUCGCGUCCCUCGCUCCCCUCCCCUUUCCCCCGUUCUUCAGUUUCGUUUCUCUCCUCAAUCCCCCGACUCGAAUCUCGCGAUACGUAGGGGCGGCGAGGCGACCGUCGCCGCACCGGAGGAGGGCUCGCGGCGGAGGAGGUUUCCGGAGCGGGGCGAUGGACGCGGCGGCGAGCAACGGCGGGCUGCUGUACCACGAGGUGCAGGAGGGGAAGCUCUGCGCCGUGCACUGCGUCAACACCGCCCUGCAGGGGCCCUUCUUCUCCGAGUUCGACCUCGCCGCGCUCGCCGCCGACCUCGACCAGCGGGAGCGCCUCGUCAUGCUUGAGGGCUCCCAGAGCCCCGGCGCCGCCAACGCUGCCGCCGGGGACUUCCUCGCCGAGGGAUCCCACAACGUCUCCCUCGGAGGCGAUUUCAGCAUCCAGGUUUUGCAGAAAGCCCUGGAGGUUUGGGACCUCCAAGUUAUUCCCCUUGAUUCCCCAGCUGCAGGGUCAUCCCUAUUCGACCCUGAGCAGGAGGUUGCUUUCAUUUGCCACCUUCAGGACCACUGGUUCUGCAUCAGGAAGGUGAAUGGGGAGUGGUACAACUUCAACAGUCUCUACCCAGCUCCUGAGCACCUGUCAAAGUUUUACCUCUCAGCUUUCAUCGACACCCUGAAGGGGUCAGGCUGGAGUAUCUUUGCAGUUAGAGGCAAUUUCCCUAAGGAGUGCCCUAUGGCAACUGAAGGCUCUAAUGGUUUCGGUCAGUGGCUUACCCCUGAUGAUGCCCAGAAGAUAACAGCCUCCUGCAACCAGGUUCAAACACCUACGCACCAGGUGCAAUCCCCUCUACUUGGCCAGCAAUCAGAAGGGAUGAGUGAAAUGGACAUGAUUGCCGCACAGCAGGAAGAGGCUGAUCUGAAUGCUGCAAUAGCCGCUAGCUUGAUGGACGCAGGGGGUCCAUUUUCCAGCUAUCAUGCAGCUCAAGAAUCUAGCAAGCCACAGGAUGCUCCUGCUCCUAUUAUUGAAGCAACUUCGAGCAAAGACAGUAACCCGGAAGAAGCUGAUAAAUCUGAACCAAGCGCUCCUCCCUGUGAGGACACCCAGGAGCCAGCUUCAGGAAGCGACACCAAAAAGGAGGUUUCUUCUGUAGAGGAAAAAGAAUCAGCAAAAGAAGAUUAGGAUGAGCUAGACUAGAGAGUGCGCCUCCCUAUGAAGAUUUUCAGUUAGUCUUUUACCGGGUUAGAACAUACAAACAGAAAGCAAGAGAGAGGGAGGCGUCUAAAACUGCCCUCCAUUCCAGUGGAGUAGUUCUGCUUUUUCUGAUUUCAGAAUGCCGUAUACAAAUUGCAUAGUCUGAACUGCAUGGGUUUAAACUUAACUGGUGUAACGGUUGUGUGCAAUCUGCAUAGAGACUUAAGUGGCGGUUUUGAACCUGUUUUUUC